CACAUGUCCUACUCUAUACAGGUAAACUAUGUGCUAUUUUAAAAGACUCAAAGGAGUGUAAAAAAUAGGUAUACAUUGAUAUUACAAAAUUGGUAUUGGGAAUAAGUUUGCAUGGUGCAAAAACCAGAUAAAUAAUUUCUGAUGUCUUUGGAAAUCCUUUCACCUCUCCAGUCAAUAUACGAUGGCUUCCAAACUACCAACUCAUCACAAAGCGAUGCCAUUUGUACAGAAGUUAUACCGCAUAAAAAACUAUACCAGUUUCUUCUGAUACCAGCGGUUGUAUUUACAUUACUCCUGGCUUUUGCUGAAAAGCGUGUGCACAAGUGUCUGCAAUGUCUGGCUGGGAGACCGGGUGUUGUAUAUCCAAUGGAUAUCAUGGGUAGAUCUAGUAGAGUGUCGUAUGCAGCAGCGUUUGGGGCCACAGCGACUUUGUGUUCAAGUGUUAUUUUUGAACAAAAGUAUGCAGUGGAGUUGGGUGGAGCUGCAUAUAUUAAAGUGUUUGCUGUACUGUUAUCUAUGUUGAUUUAUGGAUUGGAUUUUAUGCCUUUGUUUACUGCAAUUACUGCCAACUCAUCCCUUGGAUUUGCAGUAGGCACUCUAUAUGCCUGGGCUUUUACACUUAUCGUUUUCUUCAGAAAUUUUUACUGUGAUGGUUUAACCGUGAGAACCGUGUUAUUAAUAAUAGCCGUAAAUCUACCCGAGAUGCUGUGUCAUUUGUACCUUUCUAUAAGUUUACCUGUCAGAUUUGUCCGAUCACUUUGCAGAAAGAGAAACCAUCAGGACCUAGCAGUUGACUUUGAAGAUGAAGACGAUAUACUUGAUUCAAUAAAGCGAUCUUACCAAGGUGUACAUGUAAUGAAGUUGUUUAAUCCACCCAAAGACGAACCACAGCAACCGAAUGGUUUGAAAGACAAAAUAAUCUCGAUUUUUAAAGGAAUUUACCACAAGGUGGUCUACUCACGACUUGAAGGUUUCAGAUAUUCCACCAGAAUGUUGUCAGUUUCAGUUGUAUCAUUUAUACUUAUAUAUCAGGUAUACGUUGUAAUUCUAGUUGCUAUUAUCGAUUUGGUAGAUAUCCUUUUCGAACUUAUAGGUGCUGUUGCAGACGCGACUGAAGAUGACUUGCAAUGGGUUGUAAGAUUGUUAUUUUAUGUUGUUUAUUCAGUAUAUAUCAGUUUAGUCGUAUCCUUGACUGUUAGCUUUCUGGUGAAUGUAAUAAUGAUUGUUCAUACUCUAGCGUCUUACAGGACUUUGCUGUUGGGAUUAUAUAAAGGUGACAACGGUCAUUUGACUCCAAAAGAAGAAAAAUCGAACUCAACUUUGCUAGUUGGUAGUAUGCGGUAUGCUGGCUACCAGGUAGCUUAUGUAGCUUGGGGUUAUUUCAUCCAGUUUCUUAUACUUUUUAUUGUGGCUAUAAUACUAGCAGUUAUAAUUAUUCUGGUGAUAAAUGGUUUUCAUGGUUGGCUAGUCACUAUCCUGCAUAAUCUUUGGCCAGUUCUAUUAUCCUCGUUGGUGGUUAAUAUAACACAAAAAAUUGUAUGUACCUUUGCGUUUUUACAACAAAAUGGAAAGGUUUUAGCAAUAGAUAAUAGACGAGUGUUUUUCGUAGUAGUUUACUUCAUGUUUUUCUACAACAUAUUUCUUGGUUUGGUGUCUUGUUUGUUGAGAAUUAUAAAAGCCAUGGUGUUGGGUGCUUUAUUUCUGCCUCGGCUGGAUCAUAGCACACUUCCUAGGAAGUUUCAGUGGUUUGACCCAGGUUUUGAUUCUUUUUGUGGUUUCAUGCAUGUCGAAAAUGCACACACUCAUCCAGUUGUGUUAACAUUUAUAAGUCUUGUACAGGCUGAAAUAAUAGAAAAGAAAAGAUUAGUACGAAAUAACUCAUUAGAAGGAGUAGAAAAUGGAACAAUGAUGAUCAAACCAAAGCGACCAAUUAAUACAGUCGCCAGGUUUCAAUGGAAACUGGCCUAUACCUUAAUAAAAAAUCCUCAGCUAUUUAUACAACGAAAAGAUGCAAUGAUGCAGAUAUUUAAACAGAGGGAAAUCGAAGCAGAUGUGGAUGAUAGGGAUAUACGUAUUGAAAUAUUAGGCAAAAAGAUGUAAAUUUUGGAAAUGUUAGAUUGUCAGGUUUUAAAAAAUGAAAGCAUAGAACGCUACAUUACUUUCAAUUUCGUUUACUUUUGACUGUUGAGCAAUUAUAUAUUAGAAAGUUUGGUAUUAUUCACACUAAGAAAUAUAUCCUCCAUUGAACAAGUAAUAGAAUAUAUAGAUUCGCAACCAACGUUAAUAUCAAAUACAAUUUAUGUAGAUUAUUUGAAAUUUACAACCGCAUAUAAUCUUAUAGAAUAUACCAGUACUGUGAUUUCAAAAACAAUACAUUAUUACAAUUUUACAGUAUACAUAUGUUGUUGAUUAAUGUUAGGUGUGUUUGUCACUGUUUUAAAAGAAAGAAAGAAGGGAAUGGUUUUAACGGGAUAAUUGUCUUUGUAUUAUAUUUCCCGAAGAGUAUAUUAUAGUUCACAAGCUUUCGAGUUCAAUAUUGUACGUUGAGAGAAACAUUAUUCGUUUACAUUAUGCAAUAACCCUUUUAUAAAUUGUAUAGUAUCCAACAAUUCAAUUUAUUAUAAACCAUUACAGUGUAAUUGAUCGGCUUUGUCGCGGUUAUGUUUGUAUGUAAUGAUGCGAAUCAAUCACUAAUCAAUCAUUCAAGCAGUGUAAUUGUAAAAAAUAACCUAAAGGUACUUCGUUAAAAUACUUUCAAAUUAAGUGGGAGCAACAGAAGUCAGGGUACCCGUUCUGCCAUUACUUUCUCUUGUUUGUGUUUAAUGUGCAAUAAUGUUUAUAGUUGCUUAAAACGUUUAAGAGGUUGUUGACCGUUAAAGGCAAGGUAUUAAGAGUAGUCAUACAAUUUAGUGAUUAGUAGUUUUGUCGUAUGGAAACCGCUCAUUUAUUUUGAUAUUAUAACUAAUUAUUACGAUUAGUAAAAUAAUCGCCGUUAUUAUAUCUAUAUUGUAUAAAGAAAUUGUAAUAUAUUAUUUUUUACUGUUUUGUAUUUUUAUACAUAAAUAGACUUCUUUACGAAUAGUUUUACACGAUCAAUUGUAUUAGCUUUUUACAUUUUACAUUAUUUUUGUUUUGGGUUGUCUCCUUGAUCAAAUGAAAUCUUUUAUAACAUUUAAAGUAUUUUUUUUUAUAAAACUAGCAGUGCAUUUUACAUUUACAAUGCGUAUACGAUGACGCACGACUGUAGUAUACUGAUAGUGAAUAAGGACGUGCUAAGUAAUAUAGAUGAUUUAUGUAUGCUGGAAUUGAUAAUUUUUAACAUUAUAUUACCUCACAAUUGUGACUUAAAUUAUUGCGAUGUGUAUAUGAUAUAAGUUCUUAUCACCAUAUCGCGUACAAUUUUUAAAUGUUUUCGAAUAUGUCAGUUAAAGAAGAAGCACUAGUAAUGAGUCGGUGAUGUUUGGGAAAUAAGAAAUACAUGUGCAUUACCAUUAAUUAAUCAAAUUUCCGCUUGAAUCAUUUAGUCCCUGUCCCAAAUGAAGGUUGUAUACAAACUAGUCAAAACAUUUAUUAAAUUUUAUCAUCGGUAUAAGGACAUCAGUAUUGACCUCAAAAGCUGACAAAACCAUUAAAUAGACUUAUUAAGACGGGAUAUAGUUACGAUACUGUUGUCAAGUCAUUAAAGAUUGCAUAUUUUGGCGUUAAAGAAACUAAAAUUAAAAAUUAUGCAAGACUAACAAAGGUCAGAGAUAUAAUGAUUAUAAUGAAACAUAAGUGGCAAGUCAAUCUUACCACUGACACUUCCCAAUUACAUGACAAUCAUACUAUUUACAUGACAACUAUACUAUUUGAGGUUAUUUUUUUUAUGUGCAACCAAAAUGGUACGUUGACAUUCUAUAUGCAGUAGUAUAAACAUUAAUUUAGUACAUAUUGAUAUUAUUAUUGACUUUAAACCUUUUUGCAUACGGUUAACCUAGUUGAAGCGAU